AGUUCCCUCCCUCCCUCCCUCCCUAUAAUAAUUUGCGUGAGUGUGUUUUCUUGUUCUUUCUCAAUUCUCCUCUUCAAUCACAAAAUGGACAAUUCAGUGCUUCACAAUCACAACGUUGAUCAUCUUCACCACUCUCCAACUUUCUCAUCCUCCUCUUCUUCUACUUCUCGAACUCGUAGUCAAAGGGAUGUCCGCUACAGCUGCGGUUCGUGCGGAUAUGACCUUAACCUAUCCUCAUCCAACCGAAACACAUCCUCGAUAGAUUCAAAAUAUGGAAAAUCAAUAAAACGAGGUAUCAUAUCAUUCUUCAACAUCGAUGAUAGCAGGUUUACACAGGUUGAUGAAAUUGAAUGUGCUCCUCAUUUUUCAAAGAACUUAUGGGGUUUGUUUCGCCGAAAAACAAAGCUUCUUUGUCGCAAGUGUUGCAACCAUAUUGGUUAUGCUUACAAUGGUAACAACUCAUCAUCACCAUCUUUUAUUCUAGUAUCAUCAAAUGGAGCAGAACCAUCUCCUUCAACAGAAGCACCAACUCAUGUGAAAUACAACAUUCGCAUCCGUGCCUUGCAGCCUUCAUCUUCCCAAGAAUGUGGAAAUGGCAUCUCUGUCUUGGCUUGAAGAUUUACAUACAUAUUUGUGGUAGAUAUUGCAUUGUUUUUUCCUAUAAACGUGUGAUAGUAGUACAUAAUAAUACUCACCUGCAACAAAUGGUGUUUUUUUUUUUUGGUUGCUACUAAUCUGGCUCAUGCGUAGAGGUAUGCGUGUUAAUUUUCAUCACAGAUCAUGAAAUAUAAUUUACACAUGAUGAACAAUAAA